AUGAUGAACCCGGGGAAUCGGAAAGGGCGUGACAUGAGCCGUCGCAUCGAGUGGGGGAAACGAGGCGCGUUAUCCACGUGGCGGGGGAUCCAACGGUGCGCUAAGGUGUAUAUAUAUAGGCGGGUAAGUUCGAGUUCUUUGUUACUUUUGUUUCCGCGGAGAAUCGCUGAGCGAGGAGAGGCUGCGAAUUCUGAGUUCCUCUUUUCUGCGGAGGAGAAGCUGCGAGUUUUCAAGGCAGAGGCUGGGCAGAGGGAGAACGGCGGUUUCAAGCCAGGUGAGAGUUUCUCUGACCCUCUGUUAUUUCUACCGGGGUGA